AUGGAAACAACCAAUGGAAGUUCCAGAACAGACUUCAUCCUUCUGGGGUUUUCUGAUCGACCUCACCUGGAGCGCAUCAUCUCCGUGGCUGUCUUCAUCUUCUAUGUGGUGACUCUGGUAGGAAACACAGCCAUCAUCCUGGUGUCUUAUCUAGACUCCCAGCUCCACACCCCCAUGUAUUUCUUCUUGUCUAAUUUGUCUGCUGUGGACCUCUGUUAUACCACUAGCAUCAUCCCCCAGAUGCUGGUAAAUCUGUGGGGCCCAACAAAAUCUAUCACAUACGGAGGCUGUGCACUCCAGUUCUUCUUCGCCCUUGACCUGGGAGCCACAGAAUGUCUUCUCUUGGCUGUGAUGGCCUAUGACCGCUAUGCUGCUGUGUGCCAGCCUCUGCACUACAUGGUCAUCAUGCACCCUGGGCUUUGCCACAGGAUGGUGCUGAUCUCCUGGUUGGGGGGGUUGGGAAGUGCCCUAAUUGUUUGCUCAAUGACAUUGAAGUUACCCAGAUGUGGCCACCGCCAAGUGGAUAAUUUUUUCUGUGAGAUGCCAGCGUUGGUCAAGAUGGCUUGUGUCCAUUCAAGAGUCAUUGAGAUUGUUGUCUUUUCUCUUGGAGUUGUAUUGCUUCUAGUACCUCUGUCACUGAUUCUCAUCUCCUACGGAGUCAUCACUCAAGCUGUAAUGAGGAUCAAGUCAGCCAGCAGGUGGAGAAAGGUCCUGAACACCUGUGGCUCCCACCUCACAGUAGUGACUCUGUUCUAUGGGACAAUCAUUUAUAUGUAUAUGAAACCACAGAAAACCAAGUCCCAAGAUGAAGGGAAGUUCUUCACUCUCUUUUACACAAUUAUCACACCCAGUCUUAAUCCUCUGAUCUAUACUUUAAGAAACAAAGAUGUAAAGAGUGCUCUGAGCAGAGUACUGGUAAUGGACAAAUGUUCCUCAAAAGUGUGA